AUGCGAGAAUUAAUAAUUCCCAAAAUCUAUAAAAAUUUAAUUAAGUCAUAAAUUCUUUAAUCAUCGAUUUAUUAAAAAGUUCAUACGCAAUAAUUUCAAAAAAGAUAAGCCAUACUUAACUUGCCUUAACUUGAAAAAUCUAAAAUGUCAAAUCCUUAAUUGGAAAUGCAGUAGUCCUAGCCUGCAUUAGAAUCUCCAAAUCUUCAACAAUAAGCAUCUAAAACUUAAAUGAUUACAGAAAAUGGCAUUUCUGAAGAUAAAUAAUUAAAAGACAAGCCAUAUCCAACUGGUUUGGCUUAGUCAGAAGCUAUCACUCGCUAUGCUUCAGAAGCUGAAAUUAAGAAUGAAGAAGUACCUAAAGGUACUAUUUUAGGCGCUACUGCAUAAAUUCUAAAGAGUGGUGUCGGUACUGGUAUUCUUUUCCUUCCUAGUACUUUCUAGGCUUGCGGUAUCGGUUUAAGUAUACUUUUCAUGGUUGUCUGUUCUAUUGUUUGCUAUUAUUGUUGGAUUCUUAUCACAAAAAUUAUCAGAUUCUAAGAAAGUACUGAUACCAAAGAUCCAACUAACAGAAACCUUACUCUCGAAGCUUGCGGUGGUAAGCUCUAUGGUGAAGGCUUUAAAAUAUUUUUAUAAGUUUGCACAUAUAUCUAUUCAUACUCUACUUGUUUCGGUUAUGCUAUUUUCAUUUACCAAUCACUCGAACCCACAUUCCCUAACCAUAUGAUAACUAUGGCAAUAAUGCUUGCUCUCUAUCUCCCACUAUCUAUGUACAAAAGAAUUGACAAGCUCUCAUUUUUCACAUACAUUGCUUUAGCUGCUACUGUAGUAACUUUAUUUGUCAUUGUUGGUAAAUCUGCAUACGUGAUCAAUACUACAGAUAUAUAAUACUCAAAACUUACUCAAUGGGAUUUCAGCUAACUCCCAUUAUAAUUUGGUGUUUUCUCAUUUGCUUACGAUGUCAAUGGUGUUUACACAGAAGUUCAUGCUUCUAUGAAAAAUAAAAAAUAAUUUGACUAUGUCUUAUUAUACUAUUUAAUUAUCUUCACCAGCUUAGGUAUUCUAGUUGGCGCUAUUGGAUAAGUUGCUUUUGGAGCCGAUACUUAAGCUGUUAUUUUCGAUAACAUUGGAUCUAUGAAAGGUGUAGGUACUGCUUUAGCUUUCUUAUACAGUUUAGCUGAGUUAGCAAGCAUUUUACUUUACAUUUUUUGUGUUGUUAAAUUCUUUGAUCGUAUAAUUAACAAAUAUGUUAUUAAGGAUGCCACUAAAUGCAUGAGCUUCUUCUAAGAAUUUACCACUAGAGCUGUUAUUUUCUUUUCUUUCACUUUCUUGGCUCUCUAUGUUACAUAAAUUAAUGCAGUUUUCAAUAUCACUGGAUGCGUUUUCUGUACUGUCCUCACUUAUGGCUGUCCAAUUUUCCUUUACUUCAAAGCAAGAAAAGUCUAAGAUAAAAUUUUAAAUUCAGUCUAAAAUGGUGAUGUUGAAAAAGCAACAGAAUAAGCAAAACCAAAUAUUGAGUUCCUCAGCACCAAUAUUUGGAUUUAUAUCAUCAGUGGAGUUUGUUUAAUAUUUGGUUUACUUGGAGGAAUUUCUGGCCUAGUUAGCUCAAUUAUUUAAUUAUAACAAACUGGUUUAUCUUGA